AUGUGGCGGUCGGCCGGGGCCGGGGCCGCGCUCCGGGGCCUGUCGCGCUUCGGCCGGCAGCCCCUCCGGGCCCUCUCGGCGUCCCCCCGCGGUGCCCCGAGGGGCGUGAUGCUGAGCGUGACGCCCCCCGUGGGCCUGGCAGACGAGCCGGUGCACAUCCAGGUGCGGGGCUUGGACCCCGGCGAGCCCGUGACCGUGCGGGCGCUGGCCGUCAGCUACUACGGCCGCCUCUUCCAGUCGCGCGCCCAUUACGAGGCCGACGGCGUCGGGACGCUGGACCUGACCAGGGACUCCUCCCAGGGCGGCGACUACACGGGCGUGGAGCCCAUGGGGCUGAUGUGGAGCCUGACCCCGGCCGGCAUGGAGAACCCCUACGUCCGCAUGGUGCAGCGCAGCGUGCUCAAGAAGCCGCUCAGGCUGGAGGUGACGGUGCACCGGGCGCACAACCAGACCGGGCUGCUGCUGGGUCAGGUGCUGGCCUCGGCCAGGGUGGAGCGCUGGUAUGCCACCCCCGAGAUCCGGGCCAUCCGGGUCCGCGAGGGCGCCGUCCGGGGCUCCUUCUUCCUGCCCGCAGGGGAUGGUCCGUUUCCUGGUGUGAUUGACAUGUUUGGUGAUGAAGGGGGACUACAUGAAUUUCGGGCUAGCCUUCUUGCUUGUCGAGGCUUUGCUACCCUAGCUUUGCCAUAUUUUGCCUUUGAAGAUCUACCUCCCAUUAUGAAAGACUUAAAUCUUGACUACUUUGCUCAGGCAGCUAAAUUUGUGCAGAAUCACCCAAAGGUCAAAGGUCCCAAAAUUGGAGUGAUUGGAUCAGGCAAAGGAGCAGAACUGGCCUUUUCAAUGGCUACCUUCCUCCCAGAGGUGGCUGCUGUGGUCAGUAUCAAUGGUUGCAUCUCCAACACAGGCACAGCUCUUCAGUGUGGCCAAGUAAUCCUUCCAGGGCUCCCCUUUGAUCUGGAUAAAAUCACUGUCACUUCCUCAGGAGUGUAUGAUGUUAAAGAAACCCUUGUAGACCCCUUGGAUCCUGCUUAUGGAGACAGCCUCAUCCCCAUAGAAAAAGCUGACUCUCACUUCCUUUUUGUGGUUGGAGAGGAUGAUAAACAGUGGAAUAGCUCUUUGUAUGCUGACUUGGCAAUCAAGCGCUUAGAGGAGCAUGGGAAAAAGAAUUACACUCUUCUGAGCUAUCCCAAUGCUGGUCAUCGAAUUGAUCCACCUAACAGCCCAUUUUUUCCAGUUGCCUUGGACCGGUGGCUGGGGGUCCCUGUUCUAGGUGGGGGUCAGUGCAAAGCCCAUGCCAUUGCUCAGGAGGAAUCUUGGAAGAAGAUCUUAGAGUUUCUGAAGAUGCAUCUAAGAUGAAGGCCAUAAAACUAUAAAGUGGGGUUGAAGUGAGUCCCCAAACAAUGCAACAAAGUGAUUUCAAAGGAAGUUAAAGGCCUAAAUCUGUAUAGCUGUGUAAAAUGAAAAUUGAGAUCUCAUAGCCAUCUACAUGUUUUAAGGAGAUGUAAAAUUACUAAGGAAAUAGUACUUUUUGGGUAGCAAUUCAAGGAAACUGAUUCAAGGGUCAGAAGUAUUUCAAUUUUGUGUUUACCAGAACCUGUCAUUCUUAAGCUAUUGAAUGAGGUUUUAGUUUGACUUACCCAGGAGAAGGUAGAGGCUUCAACUAUAAAGAGAGAGAGAAUUAUUAAAUGAAAGAGCAAAAAUAGUUUUCAUCGUGACCCCGUUUGGCGUUAAAAAUCAAUUUGUGUACUGGUGGCUUGUCUACCUUCUAUUUUUCCAUGCUCUUUUUUUACUCGUAGAAAAAUAUUCUUAUCUGCCACAGAAAUAUUUGUAAAAUUUUUUUGACUAUGUAUUUGAAUGUGAUCUUAUUAUCGAAUACACACCAUUGCAUUUUUGAUAAGGAACUUUAUUUGGUGACAUAAAGAUCAACACGAAGCUGUAAGAUCAACUGCAUUGACCUUCGGUUUUUUUGGAAGUCACCUUUUUAAGGGUCAGCAAAGAUUUCAUCAUGAAAAAAUUCUUAGAAAAUCUAAGUGUCUCUCCAGCAAACAGCAGUCAAAUGCUGAGAAUGGGUCUCAGUGUUUAUAGCAUCUUUGUCCCCCUAUUUCUGUCUUCAUACAUGUUUGAAGUGUCAAAAGUUUAUUGAAUUCAGAUUGUCCUCCAAAAUAAACAAUUGUAGUGUGGAAAUUA